CUCCUCCUUUUUUUGAAGUCGGAUAAAAAGUGGCAAUGCUAGUGGUAGUAUUGGAUAAACUAAAAAAAAAGUGGUAAGUCGUAGUACCUUAUUAUUCGCGUACCUAUAGUAAAAAAUCGCGUUGAUCGGUUGCGAGCUGCGACGUGUUCGAAGGAUUAACCAACAAACAAACACUGAAAUAUUAGAUAGGUAACAGAAUACAUAUACCUAUGGACUGAGUUAAUAAAAUUGAGGAUAUCCUGUGAUACUGUUAAGAAAAUGGGCUGUUAUACAAUGUAUGCCGUUCUAUAAACCGGUACCCUUAUCAAAGCAAGAUAGCCUUACAGCGUAUAUAUAGCAGAAAUUUCUUUCUACCUUUAUAGAGUCAACAUGAAUAAUUCAAAGGUUAUCUUCGGCGUUAUUUUGCUUGUAUGCAUAAUCCAGUCUCUCGACUGUGCUCGAGUGAGGAGAGGUGCUCCAGAAGAAGAACCUAAAAAAGAACCUAAACCUGUAAAAGAACCUGAACCUAAAGAACCUGAACCUAAAGAACCAGAACCUAAAGAACCUAAUCCUCCUAAAGGCGGUGGCGGUGAAGAUGGCGCCGGUGGGAGUUCUGGCAUACCUUUGUUAGGCGCACUGAAACUCAAGGAAUUAUUCGGCAAAUUGUCCCUAAUAUUUAAAAAAGUUGUUCCGCUUGAAUAAACGUGUUCAAUUUGCACAAAUAAAAUGACCUACUUUACCAGUUUAUAAUUGAUGCGUCGAUUUUUUGUGAAACACUUAAAAAUAUUGGAAUUAUUUUUGGAAUAGGUAUGCUUACAUUAAAUCGAUAUAUACUUUACCUUACUUUUUAUUUGAUUUGAUUGAUAAUUACAAUGUUU